UGUUACGCGCAGAGUGCGCGCUGGUGUCCCGGAUGUUGUGAGUGUGGUGCUGAGGAGAUGCCGCUGCCCGUGCAGGUCUUUAACUUUCAGGGGGCGGUGGAGCCCAUGCAGAUCGACGCUGACCCCCAGGAAGACCAGCAGAAUGCGCCCGACGCCAAUUACGUGGUGGAAAAUCCCACGCUGGAUCUGGAGCAGUACACGUCCAGCUACAGCGGCCUGAUGAGGAUCGAGCGGCUGCAGUUUAUCGCUGACCACUGCCCUCAGUUACGCGUGGAGGCUCUGAAGAUGGCCCUGUCGUUUGUUCAAAGAACCUUUAACGUCGACGUUUACGAAGAGAUUCACCGCAAGCUCACCGAAGCGACGAGGGAAAUGCAGGGCGUGCCGGAUGCGGUACCCGACGGCGCGGUGGAGCCUCCCCCCCUCGACACAGCCUGGGCCGAAUCCACCCGGAAAAAAGCCCUGCUCAAACUGGAGAAGCUCGACACCGACCUGAAGAACUACAAAGGAAACUCCAUUAAAGAAAGCAUCAGGAGGGGUCACGACGACCUGGGCGAUCAUUACCUGGACUGUGGUGACCUGAGCAACGCUCUGAAGUGUUACUCCCGAGCUAGAGACUACUGCACAAGCGCCAAGCACGUCAUCAACAUGUGUCUUAAUGUAAUUAAGGUUAGCGUUUACCUCCAGAACUGGUCUCAUGUACUAAGCUACGUCAGUAAGGCUGAAUCCACUCCAGAGAUAGCAGAGCAACGAGGGGAGAGAGACAGUCAGAACCAGGCUGUUCUCACAAAGCUCAAAUGUGCUGCAGGACUGGCAGAACUGGCAUCAAGAAAGUAUAAACCUGCUGCCAAGUGCUUUCUGCAGGCUUCGUUCGACCACUGCGACUUCCCCGAGCUUCUCUCACCUAGUAACGUAGCAGUUUAUGGAGGAUUCUGCGCUCUGGCUACUUUCGACAGGCAGGAGCUUCAGCGUAACGUCAUCUCCAGCAGCUCCUUUAAAUUAUUUUUAGAGUUGGAACCCCAAGUGCGUGAUAUAAUCUUCAAGUUUUAUGAGUCCAAGUACGCGUCGUGUCUGAAAAUGCUGGACGACAUGAAGGAUAAUCUUCUGUUAGACAUGUACCUGGCUCCUCACGUAAGAACACUGUACACACAGAUCAGGAACAGAGCUCUCAUACAGUACUUUAGUCCGUACGUAUCUGCAGAUAUGAGUAAGAUGGCGAUCGCGUUUAACACCACAGUGGCGGCGCUGGAGGACGAACUCACCCAGCUCAUCCUGGAGGGGCUGAUCAACGCUCGUAUCGACUCACAUAGCAAGAUCCUGUAUGCGCGUGACGUGGAUCAGAGGAGCACCACCUUCGAGAAGUCACUGCAGAUGGGGAAGGAGUUCCAGAGAAGAACCAAAGCCAUGAUCCUGAGAGCGGCGGUAUUGCGCAACCAGAUCCACGUCAAGUCUCCUCCCAGAGAAGGCAGCCAAGGCGAACUGACGCCCGCCAACAGCCAAACGCGAAUGAGCACCAACAUGUGAGCGCUGGACCGGUCGCCUCUGGUGGGAGCGCAGCGGGGGCCGCAGCGUCGUAGAUCCUCAUUCUAGAGUUCAGUUCUGUUCCCCCCCUUCCCCACCCCAACCCCUCCCCCGCCGACGAAAUCACAAUCUAAAGACUUUAUUUAAGUUGGGACGAAAGGCGAGAGCACCCCGACGCCCCCCCUAACCCCCACGAUUGAACAAAAAGAGAAAAAAACGAGAUAAAAACAAUAAAAAAAGAGAGUAAAGGCAUAAGGAGACGGAUGAGAAUGUAAUGGCACUUGCGCUGUGUGUUUGUAAGAGAUUCAGCACUUUCCUCUGUAACAUGUGACAAAACGUUGAUUCCACACGGGAACGAGAAACUCAUCACAGAACAUGCUUUUAAAAUAAAUCUACAUCAGAAAACAUC